AUGGACGCGAGGAAGCGCAAGACCAUCACUCCUGCCACAGAACGCAAGAUUAAACGCCGUUCAAGGCAUGAAAAGAGUGAAUUUGUAAGUGUAGAAGUAGGAAUGCGUGAAUUUAAGAAACGUCUUGCUGCAACAGGCGUAGAAUAUACUUUUUCGCCGACAAAACAUACUCAAGUGGAAGAUUUGAUACAAGGGAGGAAAGCAGUUAAGCCACUAAUGAAGGCAAAGACAAGUGUGAUUGUACGAAAUAAAGCUGUGAAAAAGACAUGUAUAAGUGAUACAAAUGUUAUGAUAGAGAAGAAGAAGAAGAAGGAAGAGGAGGAGAAGAAGAAGAAGAGAACAAUGCGAGCAAGUCACGAGUCAACGGCGGCUUUCAUGACGACAUUAGAUCGAGUAAAACUUGAAGUACAACAAGAGCAGAAAGAAAGAGUGGAACAACGCAUCAAGACACUUUAUUGUGAAGAAAAACCAAUUGCUGCGGCAAUUGUCAAUGCAGAUGUACGUCCUACAGAGUCUAUGGUUGUUACGAAUGGAUUGGAGACGAUUGGUGGAAAGGUGCUUGUGAAACAGGAAGAAAACGUAAUGGAGCCGGUCAUGUCGAUGGCAAAACAGAGCCAAGCAGUUGCUUCUAAUGCAUCGUUAAAGACUGAGAUGCGAGAUCGUGCAGCUCCUGCAGCAUCGAAUGAAUUGCGGCCUUCAACACCAGCAAUCAAUGAGUUCAUUGCUGAUGACGUGGACGAAGAUUUAAUGUUCUCAAUGGCACUUGAAGACGCGGAAAACAGACUAGCAGUGAUUCAGAAAUCACCGCAUUCAAAUGAAGGUGAGAUCACCACUGACACCAACUCCUUCGCGUCAUUUAGUCUUCGCGUGCCGAGUGCUUUUCCAGCUCCAGCAAAACUGGCAACUGUGGAAUCACAUUGCGAACAAGUCUCUACGGCCACUCAGGAAGAAGCGGCAACGACAUUGCUGCAGACCAAGCAAACAGACGUGACACCUGAGGUUUUAGAAGAGAUGGAACGCCUGAGACGCGAGAACAAGCUUCUCAGACGGUCCAACGAGCUUCUUCAAGCUGCCUUUACUUCACCAUCGCAAGCAAAUAUCUGCGGUUUGCCUGGCCAUUUCAACGUCCAGGACGGUACUGCGAUGUCACCACAGGAUCGUUCAUGGAAAACUCCUACUGGAACUUUCAGGGCUCACUUUGUGCAUCUAGCAAGAUGUGACUGCGACGAGACGAUGAAGACAGAGGCUUCACUGGAGGAUGGUUGCCAGCAUCGGGGACACAUUACAGACAUCUGUUUUGCAGAAAGCCGAAGUGCGUUGUCAGAAACACAAAGCAAGCGCGACGUGCUUGCUUCUAAUGAAGAGGCAAGUCUGUGUGAGGAGCAGCGCGAAAAGGACAAAGAACAUGCCACUGACCUUGACAUAGAAACAAAGCGUACAUCAAAAGUGCCACAUGAAGUCUUGCCACAAAAUGUUGUGGCAACAAUACCAUUAUCUGGCCACUCUGCGCCAUGCGCGGACGAUACGCGCUUAUCCACAGAGCCAAUAGUGAGCGAGCAUGAGUCAAUUCAAGAACAUGCGACUGCGCCGCUACAGCAACCUGAGCUCUCAUCAUCGACACAAGUCGUUGUGAACGACUGUGUUCAUGUUGCAAACAAACUCGGCCAUGCCGGUGUAUUGAAUGUCAGCAUGGUAGGAAUCGACGAGGAAGUCACCGAGAACGACAAGAAGAAGGGAGAAGUUGUUGUUGACGAUAAAUCGAUUGGGCGAGGGUCAACAGUUGACAACGGAAACUAUCCAGAGUGCAAGGUUCGAUACGAUAACAAUCACAAUAACGCCGAUGACGAGUAUAUGGAUAAGACUUGUAAUACUAAGGUUACUGCUUUAACAAAGUCGCUUGACGUCGUACAAGCGUUAUCGGCUCAAACCGGCUUACAAUCAUCCAAGGCGAUGUUUGAUAGCGAGCCUAAUGCUACGCCGAAAUCGGGUACACCGACGGGUAGUGACAAUUUUGAUCAAACUACGGCACCUAGCAACUCAGGCGAUGAGGAUGAUGACGGUGAAAAUGAGUCGAUUAGCGUAACCCGUAGAAAACGGCGCGAGGCUGUUGCACUUUCAUCUUUAUCGUCGGAAUCCGAAUCGGACAGUGAGGAAGAUGAAACGAGUGACAUUUCGAGCUUGAAUGCACUCGAAGCUGCUCUUCAUGCAGCAGGAGGCAAUCUAGGCUGCAAAAACCAAGCAAAGUCAUAUAUUGUGGUCAACGGCGCUGCAAGUGACAAGCAAGAUGAAUCAACAAAUGGCCCAAUUGUGCCUUCCUCGGGAUCAUCAUCGCUUUCAGUGUCAGCAAAUAGCGUUUCAAAGAAGCGAAGUAGCCUGGGUCACUUGUCUGCUAGCGCCAAAUUGUCAGUCAGUAAAAGAAGCUCCUUACUAUGGCCUGCGCUAGAUGAUUUUUACGAUUUUUUGCUGGAUAUGUCGCCAAUAAAUGCCCGUGGAUCAGGCCGGAAGGGAGAUUUCCUACGACAAUACGCUGCUGGAAAGCUGCCGGCUCAGUAUUUGUCCAUAGAAGAAUACUGUGGCGUACAGCUUGAGGCUGUUAUGGAAGAGCUAGUUGCUUCAGUGAGCAACGCCACGGACCGGAGGGACGGUGGAGGCUCGGGGCCAACUCGUCACCUGCCACUCGCGUCCGUAUCACCUUGCGGCGUACAGAGAGGUUUUAAAUCAUCAAAGCGACUGAGUUUCGGCGCCAUUUUCUCCGAAAGUGGUUUUACUGGAAGCAUGUCCAGCAGCAACGAUUACAUUCUCACCUUUGAUCCCUCUGCGCUAGGCAAGAAGAGUUCAUCAGAGUUCUUAAGUGGCGAUUUGGUAUCGGUGCGUUCUCCUCGCUGGCAGAAUUACCGAAUGUACGUCUUUGGUGUGGUGCUGUGCGGAUCACUGGUAGCAGUAGGAGGAAAGAGCGGCUCAAGAGAUAAGGGUGGAGGCGGUUGGUCGGGACAUGAUGACCAGAUCUGCGUCCUUGUCCGUGCUCACAAGCGCGAUCAAGAUGAUGGUGCAGAAAGUUUUAGCGCGUUGACAGAGUUGUGUCUGUCAAAUCAGCGUGCGCCGAGUUGGCAAUGGUCCCUCCAACAAGUACACAGCACUACUACAAGCGCACGCGAGUUUCAGGCAAUCAAGGCGAUAUCGUUUUUAUCCAGCGAUCUUCAGCAAACGCUACUACGUGGACACUUGGCGGCGUCGAAUGCACAGCAGACGCUAAAUCAUUCUGCGGCAUCGUCUUCAGUACUUUCGCCACGCUUUUUGGAGUAUCUGCGUAAGCAUUACAAUGACUCACAGGUGCAGGCGAUCCUCGGAUGUUUGGGAGAAGACAGCAGGGUUAUUAUUCAAGGACCGCCAGGAACUGGUAAAACCAAAACAAUCUUGGGUCUUCUUUCUGCAUUGCUGGAUGGUGCUGGGCUUUCUACACUCUCAAAAGCAAGAGGGACGACGCGUAUUCGUGUGGGGGCAUCGAUCCAAAGCGCGCGGACCUCGGCCGUAUCGAAGACUGUAGCUGAAACUUCGAUCCGAGUUCUCGUGGCCGCACCAAGUAAUGCUGCAGUCGACGAAUUGGUGGUCCGAGUACUUAGCGAAGGCUUAUUUGAUGGCGAGAAGGGGGGAGUCCUAUCUGAAAGUAAGAAGAAUCGCAAGAAGAUGCGAAAGUAUGCUUGCGAGGUGGAAGAGGUGCUUCUGGAGAGCUUAGUGUCAAAGCAUCGAAGCACGUUUUCGACUGUGAAGCAGGCACGUGAAGCGAUCAUCAAGAACGCGCAGAUUGUGUUUUGCACACUUAGCGGAGCAGGCUCUGUAUCAAUGUGUGAGUUUGCGCAAGACUUUGAUGCCUUGAUUAUCGAUGAAGCUGCCCAAGCUGUGGAGGCUAGUACGCUAAUCCCGUUCAAGUUCCGUCCGCAGCGAGUUGUAUUAGUGGGUGACCACCGACAGCUACCGGCUACAGUAAUUUCAAAGAAGCUUGUAUCUAUGGGUUAUGAUCGGAGUUUGCAGCAGCGCCUUGUGGAAAACGGCUCCCCAGUUUUGCUGUUAACGCAGCAGUAUCGAAUGCAUCCUGAAAUCGCUGAAUUUCCGUCCUUCUAUUUCUAUGGUGGACGGCUGGUGCAAGACGGCAACAUGCGUGACUGGACUGCUCAGAACUACCACCAUGAUCCAGCUUCCGAGCCGUUGCUAUUUUAUGAUGUGCAAGGAGUUCAGAGCCAAGUCAACAGGUCUUCGUCACUGCGUAAUAUGAAUGAGGUCGAGGUUGUGGUUCAGCUCGUGCGUCGUCUGCUCACAACUUAUCCACAAAUGGAGUGGAAAAAGCGUAUUGGUGUCAUUGCACCAUACAAACAACAGAUUUGUGAAUUGCGUGGUGCAAUUGGAAAGCUUGAGACGGCGUUUAAUCGCCACUUGGGCAUUGAGGUGAAUACCGUGGACGGUUUUCAGGGUCGCGAAAAGGAGAUCAUCAUUUACUCAUGUGUUCGUACAAGCUAUAGUGGUUGCAGAACAAAGACGAGGUGGAACCGAGACAAGAACAAGGACAAUACUGACAUCCUUGAUGCCUUUUGGGCCGAUGAGCGGCGUAUGAAUGUCGCCAUCACUCGAGCCAAGAGCAGUCUAUGGAUUGUCGGGAACUCAACAUUGCUGAAUCAAAGUCAUGCGUGGAAAGCCUUUAUCCAGCACAUGAAAGACCACAAUCGGUAUAUGAAUGACGCUAUUGUUAUUUGA